AUGAGUUCUUCAUCAAGCUCUCGUGAACCUUCACCAUCUAUGAAACAAACUUUACCAAACGAUUAUGGAGCACCUAUUGAAUAUUUCUUACGAGCUGCACAAUGGCAAAGAGCAGUCUCACCAAGGUUAGGUGUUCCACCAGCUCCUGUCAAAAAUAGCAUUUGGUCAAGUCCUUAUAUAAGAUAUGGUCUCCCACUAGGUUUGCUAGCUACAGCAGGAGCAGUUAUGAUGUUGAAAAGAAAUAAAGCAAAUGUUGUAAAUAAUACUGAAGUAGCUGAAGUUAAACAAACUCCAACACCUUCGCCAAAACCAACGCCUUCACAAACAACACCUUCAAUGACUCCUGAACCUAUGGAA